GUAAUAAUUGGCAGCAGGAAGCUGAGAGAUCGCAGAUAGCUGGUAGUCUUAGAGGAGAUUGUCGAUUGUAAUAGAGCGCGAUGAAGUCUCAUUUAAAAAUUUUGUGUUGCUUAUUAUUAGUAAGUGUUGUUACAAAAUCAGUGCUGUCAAGUGAGUCUGUAGAUUCCGAAACAAAGAGACCUAUUGUAGAAGUGAAAGAUGGAAAACUGCAAGGUAUUGAAGAAAAAACUAUAAACGGAAAUGUUUUCUACGCAUUUCGAGGUAUUCCGUUCGCUAAGCCACCGGCUGGAGAGUUAAGAUUUAAGGACCCAGAACCAGUGGAAGCAUGGCCUGAUCUCAAGGAUGCCAAAGAAUAUGGUAACAAAUGUGUGCAGAGAGAUAUUUUAACGCAACAAGUGAUCGGAAAUGAAGACUGUCUCUAUUUGAACGUCUAUACCACGGAGUUGAAACCUGACGUACCACGGGCGGUUAUAGUGUCGAUUUAUGGCGGUGCCUUUAUUAUUGGCUCGGGAAAUGAUGACAUAUAUGGUCCGGAUUAUCUUAUCGAGAAGGACGUUAUUUUGGUCACGAUGAACUACCGUCUAGGAAUAUUAGGUUUUCUUAAUUUGGACGAAGAAGAGGCUUCAGGUAACCAGGGGUUAAAAGAUCAGGUGAUGGCUCUGAAAUGGGUACAGCAGAACAUUGACAAAUUUGGUGGAGAUCCAAAUAAUGUUACGAUUGCUGGUGAAAGUGCCGGAAGUGCUUCCGUACAUUAUUUGACUUUAUCUCCUCUAGCUGAAGGAUUAUGUCAUAAAGCUAUUUUACAAAGCGGAGUUGCAACGAAUCCAUGGGCAAGUACAUCAGCAGAGUCUAUGAUCAGAGAAAGUGAAAAAAUAGCAGAAAAAUUGGGAAAUAAAGUUUCCGAUACGAAAAAAAUUCUUGACUAUUUCAAAAGUGUCGAUGUGGAUAAACUAGUCAGAGCAGCGCAGCCGCCUAUGGCGAUGUCGAAUUUCUUUGAGUUCAAACUUCCUUUUGCUCCGUCAAUGGAUUCAAAAUCCAAAGAUCCAUUUCUCAGUAUUCCGGUGCAAGAAGCUGCUAAAUCUGGUAUCAAAGUUCCUCAUAUUAUCGGCUACACAAGUCACGAGGCCAUUAUGUUUAUGGCAGGUAUAAGAGAUGACCAGUACUCCGAAAUAAACGCCAAUCAAGACACGUUGUUUCUUUUCCCAAGUGAGAAAAAAUUUUUGCAAGACCGCAAUGUGUCUGUGAAAGAUAUUAAUAAAUUUUUCAUGGGUUCAAAAAAAAUCGCAAGUGAAAACGCUCAGACAAUUGUAGAUUUACUAAGUGCUAGACUUUUUAUAAUAAAUAUCCACGACACACUUGAAACUCAAUCGUCAGUAUCUGACAUACCAGCAUAUUUAUAUAAAUUUGAUUAUUACUCAAAAGAGACCUCGAUAAUGCAGAUAUUGUUUGCCACGGAUUUGGAAGGUACUUCGCAUGGUGAAGAUCUACAUUACAUUUUCUUUCCUAAAUUGAUGAAACUAAUCGGAAUAGAGCCACCAGCUCCCGGUACAACUGAACAUGACAUCCAGCAACGAUUCGUUGAACUAUGGACUAAUUUUGCAAAAACUGGAAUUCCAAAUUCAAAAGUAUCUGAAUUAAUUCCUGUUAUAUGGGAACCCGUGGACAAUUCAACUGAAUACAAGUGUCUUAAAAUAUCAAAAGAUCUCAGUCUUAUCAAUGAAUCGAAUAUUUUACAUAAAAUAAAAAGUAGUCAGAAUAAAAACUGAUAUUAUAUUUGGGUUUGAUUUGUAGUAUUUGUUAAGUAUUUUCUCUUUUAUGAAUAUUGUAUUGAAAAAUUUGGUUACAAUACACACAAUAUUUUUAUUAUCAUCA